AUGAUCUCGAACUCGACAAGUGUGGCAGAUGUGUUCAUUGAUCAUAAGUUCAAUCUCAUGUACGCCAAGCGUGCCUUUGGUCAUUGGCACGUCGGUGAGGUAAUGGAUGAAGGCGAGUUUUGUGAAGCUCGUGAGGAUCUUGCUGCUUUGGAGAAGAAUUAUAAGGAGGAACUUCAAAUUGGUUUUUCCCAAUAUGAUCAUCCUGUUGUUUUGUCGGUUGAAGCUCAGGCAAAGUAUGUGGGGCAUAUGAAAGGUGCAUGGAGUAAAAACUUAUUUUUGAAGGAUAAGAAACAUAGAUUUUAUAUUGUUUCUGCUCUAGCAGAUACCAAAGUAGAUUUGAAAGUUCUAUCUCAGAGACUUGGUUUGGGAAAAGGAGGCUUGAGAAUGGCUCCUGAAGAAGCACUUGCAGAAAUACUUCAGGUGCCAUUAGGUUGUGUUACUCCGUUUGCUCUUGUAAAUGAAUCAGCACGGCAUGUUUCGCUGUUGUUAGAUCAAGGAUUUAACACUAAAGAAUGCUGCUUUUUCCACCCACUGUCCAAUGACAUGUCAAUCUCUCUUAAUGCCCAUGAUCUUGACAAGUUUCUGAAAUCUAUAGGAAAGGACCCUGCCUAUGUUGACCUGGAGUCUAACCCUUCAGUGGGGAAAGAUCAACCUCCUGACCUAGUUGCUCUUGUUCCAUCUGGCACAACGGUGUUGCCAGAGCCAGCAGAAAUCACAGCUUCCUGCAAAGCGUGGACAAAAGCCAUGUCUUCGUGAAUAAUAAGUUGACAGCUGUUACAGGUAUUUUACUGCAAUUUUAUUACUUACACUACUUUAAGUGAAGAUCGGAUGUGGUAUUUUCUGUUCGAAUAUUUUUCCUUUCAAUUUUUACUAUGUAUACCCAUUAGAGUUCCUUUGAGAAUGGUGCAUUUCUGCCCUUUCACAUGACCUUUCUGUUGAGUUUGAUUUAUUAUUCUUUCUUUCACUAAAAUUGACCUAAUAUGAGCUGGGUUUGUCUUUACAAUUUGGUGGACAUUUAAUGAACUUCUA